AUGGCAUUGGCGCAAUCGUUGGCGGAACUAUCGUUGGCUACAUCAGCUCAAGAUGAAAGUGCUUUACCAACCAAGACAUUGGUGUUUAAACCCAAGACAGCUAAGAGCGCUACCCCUAUUCCUAUACUAGUGUUUGCCUUACAAAGCACCUUGACACCAAGUCCUGUUAUUGCGAAAGCGGCAAAUGUCAAGGAACCGAGAUUAGCCAAUGAGGCGCUUGUUAAUGAGUUUUUCAAAACGUCUCCCAAGGAAGUAUCUAUUGCCAACUUGAAUAAAGACUUGGCGGGGAAAAUCAAAAUACUCUUAGAUGUGAAUAUCGUUAAAGCUGCUGAAGAUGAAGAAAAAAACUUGAAAUUAUCUACGGAAACGGCUAGCGUGUGUAUUCCUGCAAAGUCUGUCGUUGAGUUUUUGAAUUCCACCGGAAUUGAAGUAAUCAAUACUGAUUUCGAUGCUGAUCUUCCACCACCACCACCAGUAUCGGCCUCGGCAUCAGCACCAGCUACCAAAAAGAAAUCCGCGUCAACGGCUCAAAAAGCUGAUGCUCAGAUUGAAGAUGCCAAAUUAAUAGGUAUUACCGUGGACAAGGAAAAGGAUUUUUCAAGCUGGUAUGUUCAAGUAGUGUUAAAAAGUGAGAUGUUGGAUUACUACAAUGUCUCUGGAUGUUACAUUCUCAGACCCACCUCCUAUGCCAUUUGGGAAACGAUUCAGGAUUACUUCAAUGCAAAAAUAAAAUCCUUGGGUGUUCAAAAUGCAUACUUUCCAAUGUUUGUUUCGCAAAGAGUCUUGGAGAAGGAGAAGGACCACAUUGAAGGCUUUGCUCCUGAAGUUGCAUGGGUCACACGAGCAGGAAGCUCCGAAUUGGAAGAACAUAUUGCUAUUAGACCAACAUCUGAAACAGUGAUGUACCCAUACUAUGCAAAAUGGAUCCGUUCUCAUCGUGAUUUACCAAUCAAGUUGAAUCAAUGGAACUCAGUUGUUCGUUGGGAAUUCAAACACCCUCAACCAUUUUUGAGAACAAGAGAAUUUUUGUGGCAGGAGGGCCACACAGCUCACUUGACAAAACAAGCAGCCGAAGAAGAAGUUUUACAAAUCCUAGACUAUUACGCAGAGAUUUACGAAGAAUUAUUGGCUGUGCCUAUUGUCAAGGGUAAGAAAACAGAAAAUGAAAAGUUUGCCGGAGGUGACUACACAACAACUGUAGAAGGUUUUAUUCCAGCUACUGGUAGGGGUAUCCAGGGUGGUACCUCACAUCAUUUGGGUCAAAAUUUCUCCAAAAUGUUCAACAUGUCAGUUGAGAACCCCGAGGGUGCAGAUAAGGAGCGAAUUUACGCACACCAAAACUCGUGGGGUUUAUCAACCCGUGUUAUAGGUGUGAUGGUGAUGACUCACUCUGAUAAUAAAGGAUUGGUAUUGCCACCACGUGUUGCUCAUAUCCAAGCUGUUGUUAUUCCAGUUGGUAUAACUGCAAAAACGACAGACGAGCAGAGAAAGAACAUCAACAAGGGAGCAGAGGAUAUCGAGAGUAGAUUGAAAAAAGCAGGUAUUAGAGCUACUGGAGACUUUAGGGAUUCAUACAAUCCCGGUUGGAAAUUCGCCGACUGGGAAUUGAAAGGUGUUCCUCUUCGUUUAGAAUUUGGCCCCAAGGAUUUAGAAUCAAAGGAAGUAGUUGCAGUAAGAAGAAAUGACGGAAAGAAGUACACCGUUAAAUUAGAAGAUUUAGAAACGAAAAUCCCUCAAAUACUAGACGAAAUUCAAGCGGACUUGUUGUCUAAGGCUAGAAAAGAAUAUGACAACCACCGUGUUACUGUUGACGAAUGGAAGGAUUUUGUUCCAACCUUGAAUAAGGGAAAUGUCAUUUUGUCACCAUGGUGUGGUGAACCAGAUUGUGAAGAUGACAUUAAAGAUGCCUCCGCAAAGAACGACGACGGUGAAGACGUCGAUGUUGACGAAAAAGCACCAUCCAUGGGUGCCAAGUCCUUAUGUAUUCCAUUUGAACAACCUAAGCUAAAGGAGAAUCAGAAAUGUGUCAGAUGUGAUAAGCCAGCAUCAACAUACUGUAUGUUUGGUAGAUCUUAUUAG